AUGGCUCCGCACCGGUCUCAUCUGGAUCUGUUCCACACGCCCCCCACCUCUCCCAUGGUACCUGGCCUCCCCGGGACUCCUGUGUCUCAGGCCUGCGCUGUUCUGCAGGGGGGAGGCAUGUCGGGGGGUGUGGGGGGGUCGGCCCACCCUGGGGACAGCAGCCCGGAGUCCCCUCUCCCCGCAGCCUCGGAGUGGGCCGUCAUUCGCUCGGAGGGGAGCACAUCCCCCGACAGGACAGGAAGUGACAUCGGCAGCGGGAGGUCUGCGGGCACCCCCGUCCCGUGCCCCACCCCUGGCUGGCGGGAGAGGAACAGCGCGCUGGGGGCAGGGGUCGGGGCGGGGGCCGGGUUUGACCUGCCCUCUCUGGAGCUGCUGGAUCAGUAUGGGACCCUCUCAGGGGUGAGUCCCGGGCAGGACGGACCCAACAGCAUGACAGCUCUGCUCAGACAGCUGCUGGAGGAGAGGGCGGAGCUGCUGGAGGAGAGGCGGAGCCUGACAGAGACCCUGCAGACGGAGCGGGGAGAAUGGCUGCAGUUCCAGUCUGACCUGCAGGUGGCGGUAGCAGUGGCAGACCGGCUGCGGCUGGAGGCAGAGGAGGAGCUGAGCACGCUCAGAGAGGCCCAGCGGGACACAGAACGGCAGCUGGCUGCCGCGCUCCACAAGCAGCAGGAGACGGAGAGGGAGCUGGAGCACCUGAGAACGGAGCACUCAGAGACCUGCCAAAAACUGUCCGCCGUGACGCUGAGCCACCAGCAGGCCAGCGAGGAGCUGGACCCUCUGCGGGACAGAGAGAGGGCGCGGGCAGGGAGCGAGGGACAGGGCGCCGAGACACGCACCCAGGGCCAGGACGCAACGGGCCUUAUGGGGGACACCCGGAAAGGGGAGGAGCCAAAAGCCACGGGGAAGGGUGUGGCGGAGAGGUAUCUGCAGAGCGUGGCUGCGGAGGAGAGGAGGAGGGAAGAGGGCUGCGCUGGCAGGGACCCCCGCAGGAUAGCGAUGCUGUCAGAGAGGUCCAGAAGUCUCUCCAGACUACCCCUGCCCUCAGAUUCCCCCUCUGCACUGAAUGGUAUCUCCCAGGCAAUGCCCGGAACAGCAGGAUCUCUUCCUCAGACUCAGACCCCAUGCAGAGGGAGGAGAGCAGAUCGGCUGCUGCAACGACAGGACAGCUGGUCCAGCUCCUACUCAAGUAAACAGGAAGAGCACACCUCCUCAUUGGCUGACGCUGCCUCCAUGAUCAGCAGUGUGAUCAGGCCUCAGGAUGGGUUUAGCAUGCUGCUGCGCCGUCAUGGCGGCUCCAGGCGGAACUCUCUGCUGCGCUGGUGUCAGAGUCGCACGCAGGGCUAUAAGAACAUCGACAUCACCAACUUCAGCAGCAGCUGGGCGGACGGGCUGGCUUUCUGUGCACUGUACCACACCUACCUCCCCACACACAUCCCCUACAGCAGCCUGACCCCCGAGAGCAAGAGGGAGAACCUGAGCCUGGCCUUCCACACCGGAGAGAGUGCGGGAAUCUCAGCCACACUGACCAUCGAGGAGAUGCUGAGCGAGGACGGGCCAGACUGGCAGAGGGUUCUGGGAUAUGUGGAGAGUAUCUAUCGCCACUUCGAAAUGUGACACCACCCCUCUUUCCCCCAGGAGGCCCAAUUCGUCAAUCACUCCAUGGUGCCCUGAGUGCCAGUGUCUGUGGUAAUACCACCACACUCCACUGGGGGAGCACUGUUGAAAUGGAAGUGAAAUGCAGGAUCACCAUCCAAAGUGAGAUCAAUGCUGCACACUCACACGCCCCCUGCUGGCAACUGGAAGCACAUAGACCCUUUUUCUGUUAUCCAUAUAAACAACCUAACCUGUGUACAGUAAGGACAGGAUUUCAUAGGCACUGACUUACUGUAAUAGUAAAUUAUCAGUCACAGAGUGACUGUGAGGUCUGCUGCUUUGGGGUGGUUCUGCCUGGAAAGGCCGGCUGAGUCUGCACUUUCACACGCACUUUGAGAUAAAGAUGGACAGACUAAAAUCACAGCUGGGUAAGGAGGGGGAAGAAAAAUUAGCCCAAUUCUGUGUGCAUGCAACACCAGCUCUGUGCUUCUUGGGUCAAAGUUAAUCUGAUGUGUGGCUGCCCGCCCCUAAUUCUAACAAUGAGAACCUUUUAAAACUGCCUUUAUUUUUUGAAAUCCUCAUGCAGCAAUAUCACAGGUCUUAAUGUGUAACAGAAUAUCAAGCACAAAAGGAAAAAGGGGCAUUCAGCUCCAGCUAAUGGCCAGGCUGUGGGUACAGAUGCCCCCUGCAGGUGG